AUGCCGGCGGAGUACAAUAUCGCACCGCUGGCCGAACGCCAGGAGAAAUACGCCGCUCUGUUUGCGGCGCUUCGGGCUGUUCUCCCCGACCCGGACAAGCAGCUCAUCCUCGACCCCAAGAAGCUGGAGAGCUCGUACAGCAGCGACAAAUCGUACCACAUGCCUGUGACUCCGUGUGCGGCUGUGGUGCCGGCCACAAUUGAGCAGGUGGCCGCCGUGGUGAAGCUGUGCGCUGCCCACAGGGCCCCCAUGACGCCGCGAGGGGCUGGCACAGGCAUCGAGGGUGGCGCAAUCCCGUACGGCGGUGGUGUGGUGAUCGAUACGAAUGGCCUGCAGCGGAUGGACUUCGAUGUUAACAAUGCGUUUGUGUGGGUUGGGGCCGGCGUGAAGAAACUGCAGUUGGUGAAGGCUGCGCGGGAGCGUGGCUUCACGUUCGGCCCCGACCCAUCGUCGAACCCGUGCGUUGGCGGGAUGGUGUCGACGUCCGGCAGCGGCAUGUCGACACUGAAGUACGGCACGACCCGCGAAAACAUUCUCUCGCUCCGCGUCGUGACACCUAUGGGCAGCGUGGUGGAGACGCGCAAGGUUGUGCGCAAGUCGUCGUCUGGGCUUGAUCUGACGCAGCUUUACUGCGGUAGCGAGGGCACACUGGGUAUCGUCUGCGAGGUUGCCUUCAAGCUGUGGCCGCUGCAGCGGCACAGUGCUGGGGGCUUCGCCAGGUUCGCCACUCUGCCGGAUGAUGUGCGGUCAAUCGCGGCGCUGCGCCGAGCUGGAUUUCCCAGGACACCGACCCGCUGUGAGCUUAUCAGCGCUGACGGUAUUCGAGCUUCCAAUAAGUACUUGAAGGAAGACCUUGUACCGGCGCCCACCAUCCUCAUGGAAUUUACCGACAAUGAUGCCAAGGGACGACAGAUGCGGUAG